AUGACGAAAAGCAUAACAAACUUCAGCACCUAUCCAACUUGUAAAAGCCAUGAAAACAAUGCAAACUAUGCCAAACCAUGGAAUUGUUUCAUUUUCUUCGGACAAUCUUCAUGGGCAUGUUUGUUAUCUUCGAAUUCGAAUGUUCCUCGUAGCACUAGUGUCGGUGCCUCUGCCUUGCUGGAUAAAAACGCGAAAACUUCCAAAUUCUGCGAGGUGGGUGAUCUCGGAAAUGCCAUAGAAUUGCUCAGAAGGUCACAAAAAUCCGAGCUUGACUUGAACACUUACUGUUCUAUCUUGCAGCUCUGUGCUGAGAACAAGUCUUUGAAAGAGGGUAAGAUGGUUCAUUCAAUUAUAUCUUCCAGUGGCAUGGCGAUUGAAGGGGUUUUAGGUGCCAAACUAGUGUUCAUGUAUGUGAAUUGUGGAGCUUUAAGUGAAGGGAGACGGAUAUUUGAUCAGAUUCUCAAUGAUAAGGUUUUUCUGUGGAAUCUUAUGAUGUCUGAAUACGCCAAGAUUGGUGAUUAUCGUGAAAGUAUAUAUCUUUUUAAGAAAAUGCAGAAAAUGGGAGUUACAGGGAAUUCUUAUACAUUUUCAUGCAUCUUGAAGUGUUUUGCUGCCUUGGGAAGGGUGGUAGAGUGUAAAAGGAUUCAUGGGUAUAUUUAUAAACUGGGUUUUGGUUCUUAUAAUAAUGUUGUUAACUCUCUAAUUGCAGCUUAUUUCAAAUGUGGAGGAGUUGACAGUGCACACAAGUUGUUUGAUGAAUUGGGUGAUCGAGAUGUUGUGUCAUGGAAUUCUAUGAUAAGUGGGUGUGUGAUAAAUGGUCUUUCCCAUUGUGGAGUUGAGUUUUUCAUUCAGAUGCUUAUUUUGAGAGUUGGUGUGGAUUUGGCUACCUUGGUUAAUGCUCUUGUGGCUUGUUCAAAUAUUGGCAGUCUUUCAUUGGGUAGAGCACUUCAUGGUUAUGGAGUGAAAGCUUGUUGUAGUAGGGAAGUUAUGUUUAACAAUACCUUACUAGACAUGUAUUCAAAAUGUGGUAAUUUGAGUGGCGCAAUUCAAGUUUUCGAGAAGAUGGGUCAAACGACUGUUGUUUCUUGGACUUCAAUCCUUGCUGCAUAUGUACGUGAAGGUCUAUAUGAGGAUGCAAUCAGGUUAUUCUAUGAAAUGGAAAGCAAAGGUGUUGUCCCAGAUGUUUAUUCCGUGACUAGCGUCCUUCAUGCUUGUGCUUGUAGCAACGCACUGGAUAAAGGCAGAGAUGUACACAAUUACUUUAGAAAGAACAAGAUGGCCUUGAGCUUGCCUGUGUCUAAUGCUCUCAUGGAUAUGUAUGCAAAAUGUGGAAGCAUGGAAGAAGCUCAAUUAGUUUUCUCUGUAAUUCCAGUUAAGGAUGUUGUCUCAUGGAAUACCAUGAUUGGAGGUUAUUCAAAAAACUCUCUCCCCAGUGAAGCUCUUAAACUUUUUGGUAUGAUGCAAAAAGAAUCAAGACCUGAUGGCAUUACAAUGGCUUGCGUGCUUCCAGCUUGUGGAAGCCUAGCUUCUCUAGAGAUAGGCAGAGAGAUACAUGGGCACAUAUUGAGAAAUGGGAACUCUUCAGAUUUGCAUAUAGCCAAUGCACUUCUUGAUAUGUAUGUAAAGUGCGGGUCACUAGUUCAUGCACAGGUACUCUUUGAUAAGAUUCCUGAGAAGGAUCUUAUCUCUUGGACAGUUAUGAUCGCUGGAUAUGGCAUGCAUGGUUUUGGAAAUGAAGCAAUUGCCACUUUUCAGAAGAUGAGGUUUGCAGGUAUCGAGCCUGAUGAGAUCACCUUCACUUCGAUACUUUAUGCUUGCAGUCAUUCUGGAUUACUGAAUGAGGGUUGGGAAUUCUUCAAUUCCAUGACAAGUGAAUGCAACAUCGAGCCCAAGUUAGAACACUAUGCCUGCAUAGUAGAUCUCCUUGCACGUACGGGAAAUCUAUCCAAGGCCUAUAUGUUCAUUGAGACAAUGCCAAUUAAACCAGAUGCUACAAUAUGGGGUGCCUUGCUUUGUGGGUGCAGGAUCCAUCAUAAUGUGGAGCUAGCAGAAAAAGUGGCAGAGAAUGUUUUUGAGCUAGAGCCAGAGAACACAGGAUAUUAUGUUCUUCUGGCGAACAUCUAUGCAGAGGCAGAAAAAUGGGAAGAAGUGAAAAAGUUAAGAGAGAGGAUUGGUAAGCGGGGACUAAAAAAGAGCCCAGGGUGUAGUUGGAUAGAGGUCCAAGGAAAAUUUAAUAUCUUUGUUUCUGCGGAUACUGCACACCCUCAAGCCAAAAGGAUAGACUCAUUGCUGAAAGAAUUGAGAAUGAAAAUGAAGAAUGAAGGUUACUCUCCUAAGAUGAGGUAUGCCUUGAUUAAUGCAGAUGAUAUGGAGAAGGAAGUGGCUCUAUGUGGGCACAGUGAGAAGCUGGCCAUGGCUUUUGGUAUAUUAAAUUUGCCGCCUGGGAGGACUCUUAGGGUUACCAAGAAUCUACGAGUUUGUGGUGAUUGCCAUGAGAUGAUGAAGUUCGUGUCCAAGACGACAAGGAGGGAAAUUGUCUUGAGAGAUUCAAAUCGGUUUCACCAUUUCAAGGAUGGUUUCUGUUCUUGCAGAGAUUUCUGGUAAAUCAUUGGAGAAAUUCAAUUCAGGAAAAGAUAUCAAUAUCAAGUUAACCUCUU